AUGGAACCCGAUUUCUUCUAUGCGAUGCAGUUGUUAGAAGCGACUGGUGUGUGCAUUGUACCUGGUAGUGGAUUUGGCCAAAAGGAAGGGACAUACCACUUCCGAACAACAAUUCUUCCCCAAACGGCUCUGAUGAAAGAUAUGUUGGAGCGAUUCAAGUCCUUCCAUACAAAGUUCCUGGAGGAGUAUAAGUAG